GUGAUCUGGAGAAUGUUUGAUUGACAGGUGCAGGGUUAAGUUUUAGACUUUCAGUCUUUAAAGAUCACAGACAUGAUUUAACUUUUAAAUCAGAAUGUUGUGAUGAAUCAAUCAACAGGAUCAAAUAUAUUUAUACCUUACUAAAGACGCCUGAGGCGUUGGUGGACACAGCAGGUUGUUUUCUCACCUGAACAGUGAGUCAGCAGGUCGUAGGUCACAAACAUUUUAAUGAUUUAUUAGCUGCUGUAUCGAUAAUGAGCCAUCAGUCAUUUUCAGCUCAAUAAAAGCCAAUCGGGGAUCAUAUUCAGACGACACACAGUCAAACACACAGAACACCUGAAGUCUGCAGUAGGUCAACUCUCCACACAGCUAUCGGUAUGAAGCGCCGUCUGUCAUCUCUCGAGUUCUUUCUUGCCGUCGUGUCAUCUCUGCUUCUUCUCUGCUGUGUCGCUCUGAUCGUGGUUUCAUGGCUCAGCCUGCAGCCUGAAGGUGCUGUUGAGCCGGCGGUACUGAGCGGUCGGAUGGUGGUUACAGACGGAGCCACUUUCUCUGAAGAGCUCCGAAACUCCAGCAGUCUGCUCUUUAAAUCCCUCGCCUACGACAUACAACACCUGGUCUCUGAUGCAUUCAGUGUAUCUGAGCUUCGAGGUGUCUUCAGUUCCUGUCACGUUUUAAACUUCAGUCGGGGCAGUGUGGUGGUUACCUUUGAUCUCUGGUUCAGUCAGCUGGUCAAUGCAAAGGAGGCGGAGCAACAGCUGGGGGCUGGGCUUCAGGAGCUUGGGGCCACAGGAUUGCUUAUUGACCGAAACAGCAUCAAGAUAACUGAAAAAUCAGACGAGUCGACGGAGACCCCGCCCAGUAUCAAACCUCCACCAGCGACGUGUCCUCCUGAUCAGACAACCUGUGCUGAUCGAUCGCUGUGUGUGUUGAUUAAACGUCUGUGUGACGGAGUCAACGACUGUCCUGACGCCUCUGAUGAAGAGCACGCUCUGUGCGCGACCAGGUGUGACGGACAAUUCAUGCUGAGAGGUCAGAGUGGAACCAUCAGUUCAACAGAGACGAACCAGAAACGCUUCUGUCGCUGGAUCAUCAGAGUUGACCGAGGACUUUCUGUUCAGAUCAACUUCCUGCAGUUUGACAUGACCGAAGACAUCGACUCUCUGAGACUGUAUGAAGGAGUGGGAACAGGAAAACACCUGACAGCCAGGCUCUCAGGCUCCGCCCUCCCAGGCACUGUGUGGCUGCUGACCAACCAAUCAACUGUGGAGUUUAUUUCUGAUGAUGUCGACAGUCUGUCCAGUUUCAACGCCACCUACAACGCAGUCAACAUCUCCAAACUACCAGAGCAGCAGAAGCUCAACUGUACCUUUGAGCAGGGCAUGUGUUUCUGGAGGCAGCAGGCUGAUGAUGAAGAUGAUGAUGGAGACUGGAUUCGAACCUACGGCGCCACAUUUCCUCCUCUGAGCGGCCCCAGUGUAGACCACACGCUGGGCAACAGCUCAGGUUUCUACAUCGUCACUCCUCCAAGUCCCGGCCAAUGGCUGAAGAGGUUCAGGAUCCAGACUCCUCUGACUCCGCCCACGCCGCCCAUGUGUCUGAGCUUUUGGUAUCACAUGUUUGGAAAAGAUGUCCACCGCCUCAGAGUCCUGCUCCUCCAACCAUCUGCUGAUGUUACAACUGCGUUCCAGAAAGAUGGUAACUAUGGCGACAACUGGCACUACGGCCAGGUGACCCUCAACCUGACCACAGAGACAACGGUGGUGUUUGAAGCGUUGAAAAAGGGCGGGAUGAUGAACGACAUCGCUCUGGAUGACAUCACACUGACCAUGAAACCAUGACCCCGCCCCCCUGAACCAACCAAUGUACCACCUCCAACUACCCCGCCCCCAAUACCAGCUGACUGUGGAGGACCAUUUGACCUCUGGGAGCCAAACUCAACCUUCAGCUCACCAAAUUACCCACAAUCCUAUGGGCAUGAGGCCCACUGUCUGUGGACCCUCCACACCACCGAGGGUCACAACAUCCAGCUUCACUUCCUGGACUUUGAAAUUGAAGCUAGCUAUGACGUCGUUGAGGUGCGUGACGCGGGGCCUAACUCCACCUUAGUGGCUGUCCUCACAGGUAGCAGUGGCCCCGCCCACGAUUUGUUCUCAACAUCCAAUCAGAUGACAGUCUGGUUCUUCACGGACAGCUCGGGUUACCGCCGCGGGUUCAAUGCCAACUUUACCUCAGGGGUAAACCUUGGGUCACCAGCCCCAUGUGCAGAUGGUCAGUUCCAGUGUCUGACAGGAAGUUGUAUCCAUGGUAACAGUCAGUGUGACGGCGUGGUCGACUGUCCUGACGCCUCCGACGAGUCUGAGUGUGUUGUGUUACAGAUGAACAGUUCCAGUCCUCUCCAGUUUCAACUUCUUUCCUCUCUGCUCACCGUUUGUGCCGACAGCUGGAACUCUCACCUGUCUGUGUUCACCUGUCAGUACCUGGGCUACAGGUCAGGGGAGGCGUCUCUGCUGCCGGCUCAACCUGAAGAUUCACCGUUUACAAACAUCACUAUCAUCAAUGGAACCCUGCAGACCCAAGUCAGUGAAACCUGCAGCAGUGAGAGAGUGAUUUCUUUAACCUGCGACAACCAACCGUGUGGCGUUCGUCAAGAUUUAAAUGACUCGAGAGGGAUGGACAAAUCAGCAGAGAGGACAACAGGUGCAGGUGGAGGCAGAGUGGUGGGUGGGGCUAAUGCUUUGAAGGGGGCGUGGCCAUGGAUGGUGUCUCUUUGGUGGAAGGGGCGUCAUGUUUGUGGAGCCUCUCUGAUUGGUGGAGACUGGCUUCUCACGGCUGCACACUGUGUCUACGGGAAGAACGUCCACCUGACAUCCUGGUCGGCUGUUUUUGGUCUUCACGCUCAGAGUAACAGCAGCUCCCCGGACGUUCAGACUCGACAAGUCGAUCGCAUCAUCAUCAACAGAGAGUACAACCGACAAACCAAACAGGCGGACAUCGCCAUGAUGCAUCUGCAGACGCCAAUAAACUUCACCCACUCAGUUCAACCACUUUGUUUACCUCCUGGAGGCCACGACCUCUCACCAGGAACACGCUGCUUCAUAGCAGGCUGGGGGAAGGAGGAGGAGGGGGGUUCCCUCCCUGACGUUCUGCAGGAGGCUCAGGUUCCUCUGGUGGCUCAGGCUCAGUGUCAGGUGCAGUUACCUGAGUACACCAUCACCUCCAGCAUGCUGUGUGCCGGACUCCCCGAGGGAGGGGUCGACUCCUGCCAGGGUGACUCUGGAGGUCCUCUGAUGUGCCAGGAAGACACUGGACACUGGACUCUGAUUGGUGUGACAUCAUUUGGCUUUGGAUGUGGACGUCCUCAGAGACCUGGAGUCUACGCACGAGUCUCCGCCUUCACUUCCUGGAUCGCUCAGACCAGACGCUUCUCCUGAUAAUUCAACUCUGUUAUCAACAAAUUAACAAACAAACAAAUAAAUCAGGACUGUCAGCAUUAACGAGUUCA